AUGCCAGAUAUCAAUGGCAAUGAUUCUUCUCCGAAUGUCUACCUUUGUACCGAGACCUGGACAAAGUGUUGCUUGCCAGGAAAUCCAGAUUAUUUUGGUGAAGAGAUGUUUGACACACGAGAUUUGACGUUUCUUUGGCUCCCAGGUGGUGUGAUAGCUUAUGUCGAUGUCAACAAGGCAUCCUUUGCAUUGGUGUUGGCUUGCUGGUACUCGAAUGAAGACACAAACCUUGUGAUGUUAAGCGAUUAUGAGCUGGAUGGAAACUUGAGAAGUCCUCUCCACCGACGCUCAUCCGAUUGA